CCAUCCAGAGUCCAUCCAUUGUCGUUGGUUACUCAUAAUUUAGCUGUGUUUUGUGCCAAGAAAAACUUGCUUCUUUGAUGGUGUUUGCUGCUAUAGUUAAGCUCUCUUUAUAAGCAAUUUCAAGAGCAUUAUUUAUUUAGGUAGAGGUAAAAAAUGGACUUCAAAUUUAAAGCAAUCUUUCACGUGUUGGUCGUGGUAAUUAUGUUGAAGAUGGCGCAACUGGUGUACUCACAAGACGUCGUUGGAUGCGGUGGAUUUGUGCAGUCAGAAGUAGAAAUAAACUAUUCACUAAUAGAGAUUAAAUUAUACUCCAAGCAAGGAAUCAUGAAGUAUAAAACAGAAUGCGCCCCCAAUAAUGGCUAUUUUCUUAUCCCMUUAUAUGAUAAGGGAACAUUUAUUCUUAAGAUUGAACCACCAUCUGGCUGGAGUUUUGAGCCAAAAAGUGUAGAAUUGAACAUUGAUGGUACUAAUGACAAGUGCAGCAAGGGAGAAGACAUCAACUUUGUAUUCACUGGUUUCUCUCUAACUGGAAAGGUGUUAAGCAAAGGUCGUAAGGAAGGACCAUCAGGAGUUGAAAUAACACUUARAAAUAAAGAUGUUGAAAAGAAAACAACCACUUCUGAUAGCGGAGUGUUUAUAUUUACUCGAGUAAUGCCUGGGACAUACAAAGUUAUAGCAAGUCACAGUACUUGGACAUUUGAGAAGGCUGAAGCUGAGAUUGUGGUUAAAGACAGAACUACAGAGUUGUCUGAUAGCCUGAUAGUUUCUGGAUAUGAUGUUAAGGGUCAUGUGAUCAAUGAAGGUCAGCCUAUCAAAGGAGUACAAUUUCUUCUUUUUUCUAAGACUGAAACUGUCAAUACAAUAAGCACUGGUUGUACUCCAAUGUCUCCAGAAACACUACAAAAAAUCCAGCCCAAGACAGAUGGUGGUAAACCAUUGUGCAUGGUGCAGUCUGGUGCUGAUGGUUUGUUUGCUUUCCCCAGUGUACCCAGUGGAGAUUAUGUGCUGGUUCCAUUUUAUCAAGGACAGCACAUAACCUUUGACGUUGUACCAACAAAAUUGACUUUUAGUGUCAAUUACAAGAGUGUAGUUUUAAAGACUCCUUUCCAAGUUCAUGGCUUCUCAGUUGUGGGCAAAGUUUUAACACCUGAUGGUCAUGGAAUCAGCGAUGUUGCAAUUUCUGUAGAUAAUGGGAAAAAGACAAAAACAGAUAACUCAGGGAUGUACAUCCUGGAAAAUAUAUCUACUGGAACUUACAGAAUACAGGCAAACAAGGAAGACUUCUUCUUUGAUGAUCAAACUGUUCAAGUCAAUCCCAAUACCCCAAAACUGCCUGAUAUCAUGCCAUCAGGGUACAAUCUUUGUGGUAAACUUGUCAUUGAUGUCUUUCCUGCUGGGGUUGUUCAGAUGAGCAGAAGAAAAGUAACCUUGACAACAGAAGGAGCACCCAUUAGCAGCAGGUCAGCAUCUGCAUCUGUCAAUCAAAAGGGUGUAUACUGCUUUAGAGUGGCAUCAGGCGUGCAUACUGUACAGCCUGUGAUAACAAMCAGUGAAGCAAAAGCUGGUCUUGUGAUGAAGCCUAAAGAACAGAUAAUAACAGUUACCAACAAGCCAGUUAAAGACAUUGUAUUCACUCAGUUUAGAGCAACAGUUAGUGGGCAUGUKACUUGUAUUGGGGGUAGUUGUAAAGGGACUUCWGUUUCGCUGGCUUCAGUUUCACAGCAAGAUCAAACCAAGGUUGUUGUACAGGUUACUGAUGGAAAUGAUGGUGCUACUUUUUCCUUUAAAAAUGUCUUGCCAGGAAAGUAUAAAGCCACUGUGAUCCAAGAGAUGUGGUGCUGGAGYAAUAAGACUAUUGAAUUUGUGAUUGGUGACAAGGAUGUUACUACACUUAAAUUCACACAGUCAGGAUUCAUCCUUAAAUGCAGUCUGUCRCAUCCUAUAACACUGAAUUUUUCCUUGGAAAACAAGAAAGAAGUUGUUGGGUCAUUUGACCUGUUUAAAGGGAUCAACAGAUUUUGUCUUUCUGAACCAGGUGUCUAUAGUCUUGUGCCUAAGUCKUGCCAUCGUUUUGAACAAGAUGUCUACAGCUACAACACUGGUUCCCCAACUGUUCUGACACUUACUGCCACCCAGCACUUGAUGUCUGGAGUCAUCACUACUAARGAACCAGCMCARGACUUGAAGGUCAAAAUAAGGUCUUUGAAGACUAAUGAAGUUGUUAUAAUUGGACCUUUGUCAUCAAGUGAUGAAACUACACCAAGCUAUAACUUCUCUCACUGGGGAAGCAAAGGGGAAGAAUUUGAAGUAACACCUUUAUCAUCUAUCAUUCUGUUUUACCCACCAAGCAAGACUGUCACCAUUACAGAUGAUUGCCCCGGGGCUUUAGUACAACUUGAAGGAAGGCAAGGAGUCUUCUUGGARGGCAAGGUAACCCCACCUUUUGCAGGUGUGGAGAUAACAAUAACARCUGAAAAGAUUGGGAAUGAGUUACCUAUGCAGCCUAUCAAUAUCCUUACAGAUGGCAAUGGGACAUACAGGUAGGAAAGGAGUUUUGUAG